GACGGCGCCAAUUUCUUUUUCUUUUUCUCGUAAAUAAUACUUAGUAUAUUUAAUAUUUAUAUUAAAAUUAUACCGUGCACGGGUCCACGUUUUAUUUACUCGGAAAAUGUGGUUCAAAUUUUUAGUUUUUUAAAUAGUAUAUAAAGUAAAAUGAGUGCAAAAAAUAGUGAUAAUGACCAUUAUAAAAAUGAAUAUUCGAGAAUAAGGAAACUGACGAGUAGAUAUGACAUACGGACUCAAUCAAAUGAAUAUGGUUUGUCUGAAGAUCAAGUUGCGGAAUUCAAAGAAGCAUUUAUGUUGUUUGAUAAAGACCACGAUGGACGGAUUACUGAGGCAGAAUUAGGAGUGGUUAUGAGAUCUCUGGGACAGAAACCUACUGAAACUGAUUUAAGAGGUAUGGUUAAAGAAGUGGAUAAAGAUGGCAAUGGUAGUAUUGAGUUCGAUGAAUUCUUACUAAUGAUGGCUAGAAAAUUAAGAGCAGUAGAUGGUGAAGAAGAAAUGCACCAGGCAUUCAAAGUAUUUGAUAAAAAUGGUGAUGGGUUCAUAACAUUUGAUGAACUCAAACGAGUAAUGUGCAGUAUCGGAGAACGUCUUACUGAUGAGGAAAUUGAGGAUAUGAUAAAAGAAGCAGAUUUAAAUGGUGAUAAGAAAAUUGAUUAUAAAGAAUUUAUUACAAUAAUAAGUCCUAAGAAAUAAAACAAAUAACGUGAUUAAUGCAUCAGUAUCCUCCAGCCUUUUAAGACGACAAGAACCAAUAACAGGAUCUUUAAGAAGCUUUUGUAAAAUGUCUGGAUGUUGUGAUUCAAUGAAAUAUCGAUUAUGUUUAAGUACAAGUUUAACUUUUCC